AUGCGGCGUUGUUUGGUUGUGAUAGUUCUGCUAUUUUUUAAUGGGGCUCUCGGCUACUGCCCUUCUUUGUGCUCAUGCAAGGGUAAUAAAUCCAUUGACGGGUCUGCGGUGGAGCUUCAGCCUGAUGAGCCUCUCAAAUUAAAAUGUGGUGGGAGUCCAGCUCAAAUUACAGAACUUAAAGAGAUCGACCUCAGCAAGCUGUGGUCUGUUGUUAUCAGUCUUAAUUUAUCUGGAAAUGCUAUAUCGACAUUAUCACGGGAACUGCAUUUGCCAAAUUUGCAAAAACUAGAUCUGAGCCGAAAUCAAAUAACUCUCAUAGAAUCGGAUGCUUUUUACAACAUGACAUCAUUGCAAAGGCUGGACUUGUCAUACAACCAAAUAAGCAAUAUUUAUAAAGAAAUGUUUAAAGGAUUGGUAAACCUGGAGAGAUUAGUUCUAUCUCAGAAUCUCAUUUCUACUUUAUCAUCUGGCACAUUUGAUUAUCUAUUGGGGUUGAAGCAGUUAGACAUAACAGAAAAUCCUCUCAUUUGUGACUGUGAGCUGUUAUGGGUGGGUGAUUGGUCCAGAAAUACAAGUGUUAAACUUGUGGGUAAUCCCAAAUGUAGAUCACCAGAAAAUAUGGUCAACAAGACAGUACGUAAACUCAAAAUAUUCUUGGAUCUAUCAGCUUGCGGCAGUGUCUUACCCUCAAGUACAUUAAUAGUCAAACCGGCUCAUGAUCAAGUGGUGUUUGAAGGCGAUACAUUGAUGUUAACUUGCAAUGCACCCUUCGCCUCGGUGCUAGCGAAGUACGAACUGAAAUGGGUGCAUCCAAUGCUAGAAGUGUGCGAUGUGAAUGUUACCAAUACAGACAUGCAAGAAGAGGGUUUGGCGGAGACCUCUGUGUUCUUCCCCAACAUAACUAACCACCACACUGGGAACUGGACGUGCGUAUAUACCGAUCAGAAUCGUAUACGUCACAACCACACUGUGCAAGUGUUAGUGCUGUCAAACGGAACUCAGUAUUGUGGCACCAAUCAUACAAUGAAUAACAAGGGCUUGUACUCCUGGCCACAGCUGUUGCUGAACCACACCGCGGCUGUACCUUGUCGCAGUGGUGAGGGUACAGCUUUCAGGCACUGCAACUCCAAUGGCACUUGGGGUCCAGUCAACACAACGGAAUGCUCUUACAUUAGUAAUGUGACAAAAUUACUCCAGCAAUUUGCACUGUUGAAUGUGAGUUUGGUUCAGUAUUCUGCCCUCAAUGCCAGCGAGAGAUUGGCCAUGUUAAUACAGGAGAAGACUUACCCAUUGGCUGAGAUAAGCGAUCCUGAUGAUGUCAUGUUUAUAUCUCAGGCAAUCAGGAAUUAUAUGCAGUAUAUGGCAGAAGAAAAAGAUUUGGGUGCUUCGCUUUUGGAUGUUAUUAGUUCAGCCAUGAAUAUAACGUCAUCAGUAAUGACACAGGCGGAAAUUUUGUAUGGGGCCUGCACAGAUAUGGUGAAAGCUGCGGAGGAGAUUUCCGCCUAUACCAACAAUGUACAGGGUCAUAAGGUGAGGCUGGCCGUGGAGCGGUUCCCCGUGAGGGAGGGCUUCGGCGGCGUGACGUGCGUGUGGUACAGCGCCGCGGGGCCGCCGCGGCUGCACUGCUCCACCACCAACCGCACGGUGGCGCCGCUGCUCACCGUCAGCGACGCCCUCAUCCACGCCAGCGUGCAGAUACCCCAGUCGCUGCUGUACAGCACCACUGAGUCCGGGGCGCUGGUGCAGAGCGCGCCCCAGGAGCUGGUGGUGACGGUGUACGAGGACGCGUCGCUGUUCCCGCUCCUGCCGGAGCCGGAGAACGACGGUGCGCAGAGGGGCCACAGGGCCAAGGACUACUACGGCCGCAGCACCAAGCGCGAGGACGUGCUCAUGGAGAUCACCUCGCCGGUGGUCGGCUUCCAGCUCAGCGAGAGCGAGGUGCGCGGGGAGCUGCUGGAGCCGGUGAUCGCCACGGUGCGCGUGGGCGCGGCGGGCGCCGGCGCCGACGGCCGCGCCGCCGUCUGGAGGCACGCGCUGCGCCGCUGGGCCGACAACACCUCCGAGUGCAAGGUGUCGCACGUGGUGUCGGAGAUGAUGAUCCUGAGCUGCAGCCGGCUGGCGUACGUGGGGCUGGCGCAGAGCGUGGAGACGGGCAUCUACGGCGCGCGCACGGGCGGCGCCCGCUUCAAGGUGUCGCACCCCGCCGUGUACGUGGGCAGCCUGGUGCUGCUGGCCUGCCUCGCCGCGGCCGCGCUCUCCUACCUGGCCUGCUUCCGCGCGCUGCUCAUGCCGGCGCGCGCCAAGCACGCGCUGCUCAACACGUGGCUGGCCAUCGGCCUCCUCUGCUUCCUCUACACGCUGGGCAUCUACCAGACGGAGGACGUGCGCCUCUGCCGCGUGCUGGGCCUGCUCAUCCACUACCUGUCGCUGUGCUGCCCGCUCUGGAUGUGCGUGUCGGCCAGCGACAUGUACAAGUGGGCCACGCGCGCCCGCGGGCCCCCCCGCGACCCCGAGGAGAGCCCCUCGGGCUCCGCCGCCGGCCCGGGCCCCCCCCACCGGCCGCUGCUCGGCCUCUACCUGGUCGGCUGGGGCAUCGCGCUCAUCGUGUGCGGCAUCUCGGGCGCCGUCAACAUCAAGGACUACGCGGGCUACUCGCAGUGCUUCCUCAGCACCGCGCCCGCCCUCGCCUCCCUCUUCAUCCCCGUCGGCAUUCUGCUCCUCUUCCUCAGCGUCCUGUUCCUCCUCAUCCGCUGCACGAUCAGGAACAUGAACGUCCAGCUGUCGGAGGGCACCCAGGCGACGGAGAACCUGGACCUGGAGAUGCUAGAGCCGAACCCGGGCAACGAGGGCGCGGAGAGGCGCAGCACCAAGUCCGCGAUGGACUCCGAGGUGGACGACAUGGAACACGCCCCGAUCACACAGCUGAGGGCGCAAGUGAUAGUGCUCUGCCUGUACAUGUCGGUGUGGACUUGCGGGGCGGUGGCAGUCUAUCGGCCUCUGCCGGCCUACCUGCCGUAUCAGGAGGACAUCUGCAGCAUCAUAUACGCCGUCUGCGCCACGGUGUUGGGCACCUUCAUCCUAUUCUUCUACGGCAUCGCGAGGAGCGACGUCCGCUCGCAGUGGGCAUUGAUGCACUGCUACCUGCAGAAGGGCAAGCAGUGCUGCAGGAACAGGAGCGUGUUCGACGCCAACCAGCGCACCCUGCAGACGAACCCCAGCAGCGCGGCGCCGGCGCCGAUCCCGAACGACAACCGGUCUCGGUCUGGCUCCAGGAGCUCGAACAGGACCAACUCGAAGACAAACAACAGCGGCACCUACAAAGCCGCGGCGGAACUGAACGGGCAGACACUGCAGAAGGAGGUGCUCAAGAACACUAACGGGAAGGCCCCGAACAUAAACCUGGUGGUGCUCCAUCGGCAGCAGUACAGGUCUAACAACACCACCAUCAGCUACCCGGAGCCGGGCAACGUGGGGCCCGAGCUCUUCUACAACCCCAACCAGAUGAACGUCGCGAAGAAGUUCUUCAAGAAGCAGCGGCAGCACAUGAAACGCAACUGCCUGGAGCUGCCCACGAGGAGGGACGCGGACGACGACUCGCACGUCUCGCUCCCCCUCGCCUCCAAGGAGGCGUACAACGGCGUCGCCAGCAUAAUAAACGCCGGCAGCAAGGUGAACAACACCAACCUGCACGUGGAGAGGUGCAGCGGCGUAAAGGAGCCUCGGAACGCGGCCAACCCCAACCUGCUGGAGGACGACCAGCGGGACCAUUUCAAGAGCUACGCGAGCGACAGGAAGUCGUGGCAAAACAGCGACGAGCCCAAACCCGGGCGUGGCCAGGUGGUGAACAUCUACACGAACGUGCCGGAGACGCGCGUGCCUCAGCACCAGGUGGUGGCCCAGGGUGGCACCCCGCCGGAGCCCACCACCCGCACCGUGUCGCAGCAGUGCAGCCUGGACUACAGCUCGGCGUCGGAGGCCGCGCUGCCGCACACCUGCUCCGACCACACCCUCAACACCCACUCCGAUAUCACCUCGUGCCAGGAGACGCAGAGCGCCCUCUGCUCGGCCAACGAGGUGACCGACACGGAGAGCUUCGGCCAGUACAUCGACUACCUGCAGCCGGCGAGGCCCGACCAGAGGGAGCCGGACAAGUCGCUGCACGACAUCUCCGAGGAGUGCACCGUCGACGAGGAGCGCCCCUCGCCGCCGCCGGCCGAGGGCGCGGACGCCAAGGAGCCCUUCUUCCUCGCGAAGACCCAACCCGACUUCGACUUCGACGCGUGCAGCACCAACGCGAGCGAGCACUGCUUCGAGAACGAGAGCGACAUCUACUGCCCCAACUACCAGGUGUCCGAGGUGAGCAUCCGCAGCCACGGGCUGUACGCGCCCUCGCCCUCGUCCAUGUGCCCGAACGAGAUCAGCUUCAGCACCGAGGACGUGUCCAACAUGGAGAGCCAGUACGUGAACUACGACCCCGGCUGGCGCAAGGCGGCCAAGAGCAACCCGGCGCUGGCGCAGUUCGCCGCCUCGCCCGCGCCCGCCCUCAGCUGCCCCGAGGUGCACCGCCCCCACGACGAGGGGCCGGACGCCGACCUGGACGCCCUCUACACCCUCAUCAAGGGCCGGGACCCUCCCCCGCUGCCCGACCAGCCCCCCACCGACACACCGGUA